AGAAGAAAGGCCUGCGUCGUAUUUCCGGGUUUAUGCUGACGAGUCUCUCUUCUUCUCGUUCACCGACGUGUCAGUCUCUUGUUUCCCCCGAGCCGAGCAGCAGUCAGGCCGGUCAGUCAGUCCGCAGACAUGGCGCCUAAAGGCAGCAACAAGCAGCAGUCGGAGGAGGACCUGCUCCUCCAGGACUUCAGCAGGAACCUCUCCGCCAAGUCCACAGCUCUGUUCUACGGCAACGCGCUCAUCGUCUCUGCCAUCCCCAUCUGGCUCUUCUGGAGGAUCUGGCACAUGGACCUGGUCCAGUCUGCAGUUUUAUACGGCGUCAUGACUCUGGUCAGCACCUACCUGGUGGCCUUUGCCUACAAGAACGUCAAGUUUGUUCUCAAACACAAAGUUGCCCAGAAACGUGAGGACGCUGUUUCCAAGGAGGUAACCAGGAAGUUGUCUGAGGCAGACAACCGCAAGAUGUCCCGCAAGGAGAAAGACGAGAGGAUCCUGUGGAAGAAGAACGAGGUCGCUGACUAUGAGGCCACCACCUUCUCCAUCUUCUACAACAACACUCUGUUCCUGGUGCUCGUCAUCGUCGCCUCCUUCUUCUUGCUAAAGAACUUCAACCCCACCGUUAACUACAUUCUGUCCAUCAGUGCCUCCUCUGGACUCAUCGCUCUGCUCUCGACCGGCUCCAAGUAAAGGAAGAAGAAGGGAGGAAGCUGUAAGGAUGAGGGAUAAUGGGGUGGGAUUGGUCAGGAGAGGAGGGGAGGAAGUGGAUUUACAGAAUAUUUUUUUCACUAUUCUUGAGAAGGGGGUUUAAAGGGGGGCUGGAAUAUCACAUUUCAACUUCAUGAAAUUCAUGAUCAAAUAUCUGGAGGGUGUUUCUCCAGGUCUGUCUUCUGUUUUUUGUAACAAAUAAAGCAACCAGGUCUACUUGUG